GUGUCGUAACCGGAAGUGACGCUGAUACAGAAAAGUUUGGACGUUAGCGAGUUGGCCGGUUCUAAACUUUUGAGCCUGGCUCUCAAUCUCAGCAGAUUUGCUUGUUUUCUUCUCUAAAUGAAACGCAUGGCUGUGUAAACGUUAAACGUGAUUAGCAACUUGGCCCAACUGUCUGGCUGCAUCUAUGUUUCUGCUUUCCUCCAGUUUCCUGUUUGUAGAAGCCUGAGGUGUCUGUGAAGCAGCACAGCACUGAGAUGGACUCUGAGGUGUCUGUGAAGCAGCACAGCACUGAGAUGGACUCUGAGGUGUCUGUGAAGCAGCACAGCACUGAGAUGGACUCGGAGGUGUCUGUGAUGCUGCACUGUGCUCCUGCUCAGGGCUUAAAGGAGCAUCAAAUACAAGUGGAGAUCUCAAACAGGUUCAACCGCAGAAGUGUUCCUGAGAUCGAGAUGCACAUCGAGGCGGUGUGGAAUGAGCGAGUGACCAAAGAACCAUGGCUUUUCAAUGGGGCGAAAUUCAGACUGCACUCAGCAGAGCUCUACACACCUUCUCAGACAUCUCCAUUCCUGUGCACUGAGGCUCAAGAAACUACCUCACACCCCUUAGGCUCAGGCGAGGGUGAUGACCAGCUUGGAAACCAUUCAGGACCAAAUCAUAUUACUUUACACUGUAGUGAAGGAGAGAAAUGCACAUGUCUGACAGAAACGCACACCUCAUCAGAUAAAGAGAAUAGCAGCUGCUGUCAUCAAGCCUCAGGAGAACCCCAGAAAGACGCAAGACCCUCAGAAGCGAACGGAGUGAUCCUCAGAUUGCAGCUGGGUUUGACGUGUUAUAAAGACUUCCUAGGGACCAACUGGUCACAUGAAGCUGUGAACCUACAGCAGCGUGGACAUCUGGAGCUGGGAGAUCCCCAGGCUCUGCUGGCGCAGCCACUAGGGGUCGGUGCUGUCCUGCUGACUUCAGACGGACAUGUGGUGAUGCUGAGAAGGAGUCAGAGAGUCGCAGAGGCGGCGGGGCUUUUAGACAUACCCGGUGGGCAUCCCGAGCCUAAGGCUGUGUGUCAGGGGAUGAGUGAGCACGACAUCAGCGUUGACCUCAUGCAGGGCUACGAGAGAGCUGUCGUGGCGGAGAUCUUCUCAUCUGUGUGCGCUGAGGUCAGAGAUGAGGUUAAUGUUCCACUGGACUUUCUCAGCGCACCUGUUUUGAUGGGAAUAGCGUUAAACCACACCAGCGCAGGACGACCCAGUGCAGAAUUUUUCAUGAGGUGUUCUUUGACAACUGAGGAGGUGAAGGAUUUUUAUUGGCGCGGAGGCCCUGAAGCUCAUGAGUCUACAGACAUAGUGUUUCUGAGUCAAUCGGAGAUGCUGAGUUUGGAUGUGAAGGUGCCCUUGUGGUUAGAACUGUGUCCAUCUUCAAAAGGAGCAGUGCUGCUUUACCAACUAGUGAGACCUGACCAGUCUUAAAGAGGCAGCAUGAUGUGUGGGUGUAAUGCUUGUUAAGGUUUUUUUAAUAAACAUUCAUUAUUUUAGUGAUGUUAGAAUACUGUGAUUCACAUCAUUGCCAUGCUAAGGAACUGCAAAGUUUGUUUUGUUUUUAUGCUUCUGUUUACAUUUUUUCCCAUUGCAAAGUGAAGGUGGCAGAAGGGAAAAUAAGGCUGGAUUGUUAUUCACUUUUCGGCCAGACGAGGGCUCCAAAACCACAAAUGGGUUAUUUAUUUUUAUAACUGUAAAAGGUCUGAUAUCUGUUCAAUUUAAACAGUAUUCAAAAUUGUAUUUUUAGAGCUUAAUCUGUCAAAGGUGUAUGAAUUUAUUAAGACUUCAAAUGUGACCUAUUUUUAAUCACAAUAUAUUGUAUGUUCAUGGAAAUUAAUAAAAUUUAUUUUGUUUGAAUGA